AUGUUGCGAAAGCCAAACACAACGAGUCAUCCAUUAGAAGACUAUUUCACUGUUCUUCAGGUCCCUAAACUUGGUGACAUGAUUACUCCAGUCAAAACAAUGCCUAAAACAGGCCACAUUUGGGCAGCUAGUGUAACUGGGUCAGGCAGAAAACUUUCAAAGCAAGACAUGGUGCUGAACUCCACAGCUCAGGGUGCUGAAGAACACAGCCCAAAUAUCCCUUGUGAACUCAGCAGCAUCAAUGCUACUGCAGUGGUUUCCCCUGGCAAUGCUGACCUGAUGCUGAAAAGGGCCCCUGAGACACCAGCAAAGAUUUUUGCAAGAAUGAAGGCAAAAGUUCAAGGGCAAAAUGCUGUGGGGAAUGAGGUAGCCUCAGAGUCUGCAAGAAACCAAGAGAAGUGUAACAGUGUCCCCUCGAGCACCAAGACUCAGUACUUACAAACAAGUAACGCCAACCAAGACACAUAUUUUUUAGCCAUCUCUCCUCCACAGUCACCGAGAGGAGAUCCACAGGAUGGAGAGAUGGACUUUCCAAAAGAAAAUCAUCCCAUCAAUUUUGAGAAAGUGCCUGGCAGGCCAAAUGAAAUGUUUGACACAGAGUCAUUGAUUGAACCGCAUGUUUUGCUGGAGAAGAUACCAGAGGAGAUGUUUGCUGGGAUGAUGGCAAAGCGAAAGCAAUUUCCAGAGAUGAAUCUUGUCAAUAGAAACAGACAGCCUUAUGUGUUGUUGGAGAGGGUGCUUUCUAGUGAGACAUUAGCUCAAUUUCAGCAGAAACCUGUCAGUUAUUGCAGCAGUUCAAAGGACAUCAAAAAUAGAGGUGGUUGUGCUGUAUUUGGUGAGAUGAGCAAUUUGACGGAUUCAGUAGAAAAAGACGCCACGGAAGAGCGCUCAAAAAUUGAAGUUUUCAGUAGUCCUGAGUCUGAUACAUUUUGUCAAUCAGAUUGUCAGUCAGAGUGCACAGAAUUGGUCCCAGGACCUGUUCAACCCCCUCAUAAUCUGCUAGUGGAUCCUCUUCUGCAGAUCUCUCCCCAUGUUUUGAUCCCACGAAAGCAAGCAUCUGUGUUUCAGUCUAAACGACAAGCUAGACAAAUGGAUGCAGCUUUGGAUGAUGGAACCAAUGUGCGAGGAAUUCAUUUAAAAGACUGGGUUUUGAAAUUGCUCAACAGAGACCUUGUGGUUGAUGGUAUUCGCAUAGACACUAAAAUACCCUGGCACAGCAGUUUUAUCACUGAAAGAAUCUCAAAUAAUGUGCUUAAGACGGCAUCCGGCAGAAUAUAUGUGCUUAUUGGGAGAAUGGCCAAACAUCCCAAUCCAUCAUUUCCAUCCUGGUUUUUAAAGAAGUUUCUUUUUGGGUUUCCAAAAAUGUGGAAGGAGGACCUGGGUCAGUUUUUGAAUGAUCAUGCUGGAUCUCAGAAAAUUCAUAAAGACAACAACAGUGCGAAACCUCCUAAAGUCAAAAGUCAACACCCUUCUAAAAAGUCAACGUCCAAACAACCCAGGCUUCAAGUCAUUACAACAACUCCAAUCACUCCCACUGACAGCAUACUACAGGGCAGUGCAAAAGUGUCACGCAGUGGCCGACUCAUCAAACCUCCUUUAGAAUAUUGGAAAGGAGGGAGGAUUGUUAUGGACUCUAACAUGAAUGUCACCAUCCUUGAAGACUAUGCUUCCUCAGUGGCAUCCACGCCCAAGAAGCCAGUAACUAUGGCAACAAAGCAAAUCACAAAGGAGAAAUCAAUCCUACCUGAAACUCUGGAAAAAGGGAGGCACAAUACAUCUAGCAGUGAAGAUGAAUUGUCUCUACCUAGAAGAAAGAUCAAGCAGAAUUCCAAAUCUCAAAAGACGGUACCAUCUCAGAGCAAUUCACCUUCAACAGAGAGAACCACUGCACCAUAUAAAUCUACCAGAGUUCGGAGAGCUUCCCCUGUGGUGGCCUAUUGCUCUAACUCAGGCCAUGCAGCAAAACAGCAAGCUAUUGAACAUAGCCGGCCUCAAAGGACCUCACUCAGGAAACAACAGUCAAGUUCUAGAGAGGAAAACGCUGCAUGUUCAGGAUCAGGAAUGACUGAGAAGUACACAAAAGCUGAUUUGGUUAAUUCUACAUCUGACCAGCAUGUGCAUUGCCCACCUGUACAUGCAAUGUCCUCAGAUGAACAGAAUACAGGCAUUGAGAAUGAUCAGAGGACAGUGUACAACAGCAAGUCGUCCCAAAAACAAAGUCAGGGUGAACUGCUCUCCAUGCCACAUGCUGACUCAGACAACAGUUCCUUACGACGAAGUUCUUGCAUAAGUUCCAGAGUACAGUAUUCCACAGACUCGAACAGCUCUUUUGCAUCUCCAGACCCUCCAAAGAGGCGUAUAGGAAGAGGCUCCAUUGACCGUAAACAGCUAACAAUACCUCAUAAAAUUGAGAUGCUUGCCUCUGUACCGCAGAAUUCUGCCUGUCACAAGAAACAAAAUGAACAAGAUUUAGUGAGAGUUUCACGUAGACCAAAAAAGAACACAAAGAUAUAUUUAGAUGAUUUUUUGGUCGGAGAUUCUGUUGACUUACCCUCUAAUGAUAAAGAGCGAGGACAGCAAGACAAGAAGGCUGUAUUAAAGAAGCCAAAGCAAAAUAAAGAUUCCGGUAAAUCUGAACUCAAAACAAAUGGACACUUGUUUUCCUCAACGGACAUGCAUUAUGAGCAGUCAGAAGAUAAGGAAAGUGUUCAACAUAAUGUUCCAAACAGAAGAUCAAAGAAAUCUGACACAGAAAAAGCAAACACCAGAAGCAAAAAUCUAGAAAAAUUAAACAACAAUGUGAAUGAACAAGAUGCAUUGGAUGGAAAAUGGAUGGAAGAAGAGCUACAAAAACUACAAAAGGCUGUGAACUCAUUACCCAUGCACAAGAGUGGUUACUGGGGAAAUGUUGCCUAUUUUGUUGGCACCCGUUCAGCUGAAGAGUGUCAGGAACAGUAUAAUGCCCAUCAGAAGACAAACAGAAGACCCAGAAAAAGACCACAGAAGAAACCAACUACAAUUGAGGAACCAGGAAAGGAAGUUGUUGAAAUAACUGCUAGAGCAGGAACGCUUAAAAGGAGACAGCAGAUGAGGCAUUUCUUGGAUCACAUGCCCAAAGAUGACCAUGACGACGUCUUUGCUAGCUCACCUAUCCACAAUAAACAAAUCAAGUUGCCAGUUAUGUCUGCAAAUGGAGAUGAGGAAGAUUUCUGCCAACUUCAGGACCCUCAGACACCGAGUUCUAGCAUCUUAUCUGCAGUGAGGACCCCUCAGUGUCUGCACAUCAGCCCAGGAAUGCUGGGAUCCAUUAAUAAGAAUAACAUGGACAAGUACAUUUUCCAUCUUCAGAAUAAACGAAAGGGACGGAAACAGGGCAAAAAGGCUGCACCAAUGGACAAGCUUUCACCAACUCCAGCAGUCAAGAAGACCCUAAAGAGAUGUGUUGCUGAAGAUGAUGACUUUGUGGUCUGGAAUAUGCUCUCAGAUAAGGAAAGAGGUGAUGACCGUGAUGAGGAGGAUGAUUACUUUAUGGAAUACUGCUGAGUUUCAUUAUUAUUGUUUAGAACUUGAAACGUGCAUCCUUAAUCAGCUAGUUUUCUUAUGAUGAGACUGAUUCAUCAGUACAGUAUUGGUCAUCACUUAUUUUUUUACAAAUGCUAUCUGGGAUGUGCUGAGAGACAGCCAUGUUUAGGCAAAAGCCAGGGCUCUAGAAUUAAUGUCUACUAUUUUACACAUGUAAAAUGUACGGUUUUAGAUUGGUUGUUCAGAAA